GCUUGUUCUUGCUCCUCGCACCGUUACCGACCAGCUCCCGCACUUUAACCCCGCCGGCGCAUGACAGCCCAUGCCACAUUGGGCCAUGCUCCAUGUGCCCCAGGUCCCGCCUCACCGGUAAGUGGCUAACCUGUAGGAGGACUCUGCAUCUACCCCUUCGAUCCCCCAUGCUUGAUGAUCCAUCAUUUCUCUUGGUACCGGGAAUCCCGAUGCACCUUCCAAGGCUACUGGUCGCGACGCGUUGGGACUAUGGUGCGGACGCACCCUCUCACGGUGUGGAAUUCUCCGGAUAGAAGACGUGCGCAACAGCUACCCUAGAGGCCUUCGCGGGUGCGUACAAUAGGACAGCUAAUCUUACUUACUUGGACGGCGAGCCCUUAGAUCCGGAGCAUUCCCUACCGCAAGAAGCACCCCGGAACCGUCCUUUGCCCCAGGGAUGGCAGAACUGACCAGUUUACAGCAUCUGAACGAUGAACUUCAGCCCAACUCAGGUCUUUACACCGAACGAUUUCUUUCUGUCUCAGAAUGAUGCAGCAAAUGCCGCCAAGACGAGAUCCCGCCGCCCUUGCGACUCGUGCCGACGUCGGAAGUCACGAUGCGAGAUAGUUGAAGGUGGCCCUCCUUGCGUCUUAUGCCGCUUCCAUCGUCAAGACUGCACAUUCAAUGAAGAGCCUCAACCUCGGAAGCGAAGAGCAGCACCGUUGAACGAGGAAGACACUACGGCAAGUAGGGAUCAGAUUCACCGUCUACCAGUGCACGAAACGACACGUACGGUUGGCAGUUCUCCAAUAAAUACACCCAGAGUCCGCCAAGAUCCGCCUGUCAACGACUAUGCCAGCCUGAGAGGCCCUUCACUCUUGAAGAAGACUUUGGGUCUUCAAAACCAUCGGCAUAGCCGACUCAUCGGAUCCACUUCGGAAUACGAGCAAGUGCUCCUUGAACUCGAAGAAUACCGAGAGAAAGAGGAAAUCCCCAUUGGUUUGACUGCCCUACGGAAGGUGAACUCGCUGGAUACUGCCUUCGUACUCUCGCCAGAUGCGGGAACAAGGAAUCACGACGAAGAGAUCCCUGACCUGGAUGCAAUAGAGUCGCUCGUUGCUCCCCAUGGCCAAGCGCUGAUACACCUGUACUUUCGCAUUGUCCACCCCAGUUUUCCCGUUCUGCACAAAAAGGUCUUUCUGGAGAAGUAUCAGCGUACGCACCGAGAGUUCUCGCCACCGUUAUUGGCUGCAGUCUACAUUCUGGCGCUGAACUGGUGGGCAUACAGCAGCGAACUCGCCUUAAUUCCCAAACCUGACGUCCCUCGGCUUGAGAGGCUGGCUUUCAAGACGAUUAACGACAUAAUCCACCGACCUAAACUAUCAACAAUUCAAGCCGGCCUACUCUUACUUCAAAGACCUGAAGGAGAUUCCUGGGCUCUGACAACGCGGUUAGUGGGCCUUGGACAGGAUCUCGGCUUACAUAUUGAUUGCUCUUCCUGGAGAAUUCCCUCUUGGGAGCGUGGCCUGAGGAAAAGGUUGGCCUGGGCUCUAUUCAUGCAGGAUAAGUGGGGAGCGUUGAUGCAUGGGAGACCAUCGCAUGUCACCACAGAGGACUGGAACGUAAAGCCGCUCCAGGAGGAUGAUUUCCCAGAGAACGCCCUGGACGAGGAUGAUGAGGACGGAAGCACUGAGGUCGAAAAAGGGCGAACACUGUUUUGCGAAAUGAUCAAGCUUACGGAGAUCCUCGCCUUGGUGAUCUCGAAUUUCUAUACUCUGAAGGCUGAGGCAGAAUUCGAACAGCGGGCUCAUGAGGGUGUACGUUGGAUUCUGGAAAGGGCCAAGCCGAUACAGUUAUCGCUCCGACAAUGGCACUCAAGUCUGCCAGCAUCGUUGAAGAUGGAAAACAUCGCUAUGCGAAAGCUAUCUUCAACAGGCUACUUACAUCUCGGAUACUAUGCUGUUGAGAUCACCCUUCACCGACGAAUUAUCCGGUCGCUUUCCUCUGCAGAUGAACCUUCCCUGAGAAGCAUAUGUCGCCAAGCAGCUCAAGCCCGACUAAAGUCCGUAAUGGAAUUCGUCCAGAGCCUUCGGCCCGAGCACCUGCAGUCGUUCUGGUAUUCGGCAUCCAAAUACUGCUUCGCCCUCGUUGGGACCUUCAUUUCUCUUCUCUGGGUAACAGCUUUGGAGAAAGAGGAGGCGGAUAUGUACAGAUCCAAAUUGGACGAGUAUCGCUGGACCCUACGACUUUCGUCUAAAUCGGUCGAGUUUCUGGAGCGCGCCAUCAGCAUGCUUGCGACUUCGACUGGCGUCCUCGUCAAAGGUAUCCCUGAGCGGCCGAAUGCCGAUUUCAUUCUUAAUAGGAAUCUUAAUAGGGCACGGUAUCAGUCGGCGUUGGCGCAAGCCCAUUCAGACACCACUUCGCAGGUGCAGUCGGUCGUAUAUCAAUCGGAAUCUGAGCUACAAGAAGAGGCUUCACCAGAAACCCCAAUUGGAGAAACGCCUUCGGAAAGUGGUCUUGCCAGCGAUGACUGGAAUGCGGAUCAGAUGUGGUUCGCUAAUGCUGUGAACCACACUGAGGGGUUCGGAGAGCAGCAAGAUGUGGGAAGUGCCUACCUACCCAUGGCGGAGUUGGGCAAUGCUGAAAGCGGAUAUAGCUUUCACUAGUACGGAAAUUGUCAUACUAAGGAGUUUACGGUUCACAGACUAAAGUUGGUCUGCUAAAAGCUUUGGGAUAUCGGUUGUAACGGUUCGCAUGAUUGUUGGUGCAAGAUACUGAGCAUAGCAAUACUGUAAUUGCCUCAAGCACUCUGUUCAUCUUCAGCAGUCGUUCUAGCAUAG